AUGAAGACUGACUUUCAGUUCUCCAACCUGCUGGGUACCGUCUACAGCAGAGGCAACCUUCUCUUCACUCCAGAUGGCACAUGUCUACUAUCACCGGUUGGUAACCGGGUCACUGUCUUCGACCUUGUAAACUCCAAAUCACACACACUUCCAUUUGCGCACCGGAAGAACAUCGCACGCCUUGCCCUCAACCCUCGCGGAAAUCUCCUCCUCUCAGUCGACGAAGACGGUCGCGCAGUCCUUACCAACGUCCCUCGUCGCAUCGUUCUCUACCACUUCUCUCUCCGCGGUGAAGUCACCUCGAUCGCUUUCUCUCCCUCGGGCCGGCAUUUUGCAGUAGGCAUAGGACGGCAGAUCGAAGUAUGGCACACCCCGUCUACUCCAGACGUCGCAGAGGGCGAUUUAGAGUUUGCGCCGUUUGUGCGACACCGGAUAUACACAGGACACUACAACAAUGUGCAAAGCAUAGAGUGGUCGAGCGACUCGAGGUUUUUCCUUAGCGCGUCCAAGGACAUGACGGCACGCAUCUGGAGCGUAGAUCAAGAAGAAGGGCAUGCGCAGACCACACUGGGUGGACACAGGCAGGAAGUAGUCGGCGCCUGGUUCUCUAAAGAUCAAGAGACCAUCUACACAGUCAGCAAGGACGGUGCACUGUUCGUAUGGAAAUACAUGCUGCGGUACGAUGCGCCAGCCGACGCCGAUGAAAACGACGACGAGAAUUUACAAUGGGGCAUCGCGGAGCGCCACUUCUUCCACCAGAACAACGCACAUGUCACAUGCGCCAGCUUCCAUCCUGAGUCGAAACUACUCGUUACAGGUUUCUCCCACGGUGCCUUUUUCAUUCACGAGCUGCCAGAGUUUGCUCAAAUCUCCAGCCUCAGCAUUUCUCAAAACGAUAUUGACUAUGUCGCAAUCAACAAGACCGGAGAAUGGCUCGCCUUCGGCGCAUCGAAGCUCGGGCAGCUGUUGGUCUGGGAGUGGCAGUCAGAAUCGUACAUUCUGAAGCAGCAGGGGCACUUCGACUCAAUGAACACGAUCGCCUACUCGCCAGACGGCCAGCGCAUAAUAACGGCGGCUGAUGACGGAAAGAUCAAGGUGUGGGAAGUCAGUUCUGGUUUCUGUGUCGUCACAUUCACCGAACACAUGGGUGGUGUAACUGCCUGCGAAUUUGCGAAGAAGGGAAAUGUCCUGUUCACAGCCAGUCUCGAUGGUUCUGUCAGGGCGUGGGAUCUCCACCGGUAUCGCAACUUCCGCACAUUCACAGCACCUUCGAGACUUUCGUUUUCAUCCUUGGCCGUUGACCCGAGCGGCGAGGUCGUAUGCGCAGGUUCUAUCGAUUCUUUCGAUAUUCACAUCUGGUCUGUCCAGACCGGCCAGCUGCUUGAUAGGCUGUCUGGCCACGAGGGCCCUGUAUCGUCCUUGUCAUUCUCCCCUGAUGCAGGCACGCUGGUGAGUGGAAGUUGGGACAGGACUGUCCGCGUCUGGAACAUCUUUGCUCGCACGCAAACAAGUGAGCCGCUGCAACUCAUGGCAGAUAUUCUAUCUGUCGCUUUCCGCCCCGACUCAAAGCAAAUCGCCGUGACAACACUUGACGGGCAGCUUACAUUCUGGAACGUCUCCGAUGCUGCACAAGAAAACGGUGUCGAUGCGCGACGAGAUGUUUCUGGUGGUCGUAAGAUGUCAGAUCGAAGAACGGCGGCCAACGUCGCAGGCACCAAAGCCUUUACGUCAGUCAAGUACAGUGCAGACGGGACAUGUGUACUUGCUGGUGGUAACAGCAAGUACAUUUGCUUGUACGAUGUUCAGUCGGGUGUGUUACUCAAGAAGUUCACUGUAUCCGUGAACCUUUCACUUGAUGGCACACAAGAGUUCCUCAAUAGCAAGCUGCUCACAGACGCCGGCCCGCAAGGUCUUAUUGACGACCAAGGCGAAGCGUCAGACCUGGAAGAUCGUCGAGACACAACCUUACCUGGAGCGCAAAAAGGCAUUGGCGCACGGAGAACACGACCCGAAGUACGGGUACCUGCUGUCGCAUUCUCACCCACUGGGCGAGCGUUCUGUGCUGCAUCAACAGAAGGUCUACUAAUCUACUCACUCGACAACACAUUCCAGUUCGAUCCAUUCGACCUAGACAUCACCGUUACCCCAGCUACGACUCUCGAAACUCUCGCACAAAAGGACUAUCUCAAAGCACUGGUCAUGGCCUUCCGUCUCAACGAGCGCAAUCUGGUUCGUCGCGUAUACGAAGCCACACCCGUGGGCAGCGUAGCUUUGGUAGUUAAAGACCUACCUUCAGUGUAUCUAGGCCGCUUAUUACGAUUUGUCGCUCUUCAGGCCGAUGAGUCUCCGCAUCUGGAGUUCAAUCUGGUGUGGAUCGAAUCGCUCCUCAGCAAGCAUGGUCGAUGGAUGAAGGACAACAAGGGCGGCCUCGAGGCUGAAUUAAGAAGUGUUGAGAAGGCCGUUCGUAGGAUACAAGCUGAGCUCGCCAGACUGGCGGACGAGAACAUCUAUCGCAUUGAAUAUCUUUUGGCACAGCCGCCAGAGGAGAAAGAGAAGUCAGCACAGCUUGACUUUGGCGUCAAAGCCAUUGAAGAUGGGACAACGGAUGAAGAGAUGGUCGAUAGUGACGAAGGCGAAGAUGUUGGCGAGUGGCUGGGGUUUGAAGAGUGA